UCGAUAUUUGAUUAUUUCGAUAAAUUAAUUUGAAAUAUAAUUGUAGUUUGAUCAAAAAUUAUCGCAAAACUUUACCAGUAUAAUGAACCUUGAACAUGGGUGUUGAUAAAGUCAUAAGGAAAAUUUACGGUAAAGGAAAAUUUGGCAACCGUUGAGGAAGUUUUGAAAUCGAAGAAUUUGCCUAGGGCCUAGUCGCAUUUCUGAAAUUUGCAACGUUUACCUAAAUUGUGAAGAGGGUAUUUACGGUGAAUUGGAUAUUCUGCUUAUAUUCCAUUAAAAUGUCGUUGGAUGAGAAAUUUGACAAAGCUGCGGAAGAUGUCAAAAAACUGAAGUCUAAACCUACAGAUGAAGAAUUAUUGGAAUUAUAUGCUCUUUUCAAACAAGCAACUGUGGGAGACUGCAAUACCGCACGUCCAGGAAUGUUUGAUUUGAAGGGCAAAGCAAAGUGGGAUGCAUGGAAUGCAAAGAAAGGCAUGGAUCAAACUGAAGCUAAAGAAGCUUAUGUUACUAAAGUGAGCCAUCUUAUUGAAAUCUAUGGAUUGGCUUAGUUAAAUUUUUCUAUUGUAAUUUUCAGCUGUUGUUUUUCUUUUUAAUUUAAAAUAGUUGUUGAUUAAAUCACUUUUUACAAUUUAAUAAAUUUUCAUAUUUUUUUACAUUUUCAAAUUUCAUUUAUUCCUGUAUUUCACAUUUGUUAAUUAAAUUAUGAUAAAACUUUUGAGUCUUA